GCGAGCCUCGCCGCGGAUGCCCUGCCCGGAGUGCUCCGUGCCGCGCCAGGCUUGCCGGGGUCCGCGGCGAGACAUGCCCGAGCCAGGCGCUGCACCGACCUCGACUUAUCUGUAAGCCGCCGAAGGAACCAUGGUCAGUAAGGAACCCAGCAAAUGCGUACUCACGACCUCCGCGAGUGAAGUGGAGCCUGCCGCCUGUCUGGCCCUGGAGAUGAAAUAUGCCCUGGAUCCCAACCGGCAGAUUAAGAAGCGGAAUAAAGCCCUGCAGGUGCGCUUUAAGGACAUCUGCGAGGCGCAGAACGAGCAGAGGGACACUCAGCUCGCCUCGGGCCCGCAGGGUGACAAGCGGGAGGCCAGGCCCGCGUCCUGCAGGGCCGCCUACCGAAAGUACAUGACCGUGCCCGCCCGGCGCUCCAUACCCAACGUCACCAAGAGCACGGGUGUGCAGACCUCGCCCGACCUCAAGAAGUGUUACCAGACUUUCCCUCUGGACCGCAAGAAGGGGACUCUCAAAAGCAUCCCAGGCACGGAGGCCUUUAAAAGUCAGAACAACGGGUUGGUAAUUGACGCGAAAGAGAAGAGCCAGGAAGGGCCCGGCGAGGAGGCCCGGCCGUGGGGUGCCGGCCGGGUGCAGAAGACCACGGCCUUGGUUUUCCACUCCGACGAACACGUGAACGCGCUGGGGCCGCCCGCCGGAGUCAACUGCGCCGAGCCCUGCAAAACCCCCGACCGGCACAGCUGCCGCGAUGCCCGGGUGCAGAACUCCACUAGGUCGUCCUCCCAGGAGCUGGAGUACCAGCUGCCCGGGAAAGCCAGGCAGGGCAGGGCGACCCCGGACACUGAGGAGCCGGCUCCAUCGGCCCACCGGAGGGUGUUUAAGACCGAGGUGGCCAGCGUGUACGCACCCGCCCCAGGCACCAGGGCCCCGGCGCCGGCCUUGUCAAACUCCGCCCCCUCCAGCGAGUGGUCCCUCUGCCCCGCCGUGGACCUGGAGCGGAGAACCGCCGCGCAGGCCAGCGGGCUCCCGGCCCCUCCGGGCGCCGCCCCGGCCUGCUUGCCCCAGACGCAGUGCCUGUCCCCAGAAUGUAGCGAAGAAGACGCCUCCCUGCAGACUCAGGCCCCCUCGGGGCAGGAGCGCCAGCCUUGUCCCCCGGCGCUCGCUGCAGAUGAAGAAUGCCAACAAAUCGUGCCUCACACGGAAGUGGUCGACCUGAAAGCACAGCUUCAGAUGAUGGAGAACUUGAUCAGUUCAAGCCAGGAAACCAUCAAAGUGCUCUUGGGGGUCAUUCAGGAGCUGGAGAAAGGAGAAGCCCACCGGGAAGGGCUUUCAUAUCGGACUGGGCAAGACACAGCUAACUGUGACACAUGCAGGAACAGUGCAUGUAUUAUCUAUAGUGUGGAGCUAGAUUUCAAGCAGCAGGAAGACAAACUCCAGCCAGUUCUGCGGAAACUUCAUCCGUUCGAGGAAACUCAGGUCGCACCUUCGCCUUACACUCAGGAGACGUACUCCUCAACUCCCAAGCAAAAAUCCAAAACUGAAUCUAAAAAGCACGGACGGUGGAAACUCUGGUUCCUUUAACACUCACGGUGUUUGGAGUCUGAAGGCCGUCUUGAAAACCCACUGGAGUUCAAAGUAAACCCUUUUCCAAAACAAAUAGGAUGGAGUGAAGGGCGGCUGAGCUGGGCACCACCCAGUUCUCCCCCUGCUUACCAAAAAGGCCUUUGUGACAGAUCAGCUCACAGAGGCAAGGGAGUGCAGGUCAUACCUUGCCGGCUGUCUCUGCAGUUCGGGGAUGUGGGAUGUAAAAUCGGAAACGAAACCUAACACAGUCAAAGGUGACACCUAAAAUUUCUAUGCCCCCACCCCCAGACCGGCAAGGAUUAGGUUAUCAACCUGCAGAACGGCAGGCUGUCACUCUGUAA